AUGGGGACCUAUGGUCGAGUAAUUCGCGAAGAGUGGUGUGGUAGGCAGACAGUCAGACAAAGAGGAAUAAAGCAGAAGCAGUCUGGGAGCGAGACUAUUAAAAAAGGAGAGGAGAAACUAAAAAAAAUUUCCCUCCGGGGAAGGAGUUAUAUAGUUGGACGCAGACGAGGCGGGCCCAGCGAGUUACCGGGGGAAGAGUCAGGACAGCCCCCCUUCGUGACGGCAGGCAGACUCAUGAUUGCACCAUGGCCACUGCGUGGUUUCCAUUUCCAGGCACCGCGCCAGGGUCACGCUUGGCUGGGGUGGAGCUGCCCAGAAAAUUUCAUCCCCAAUAACUCGUUACUAGUAGUGACUUGGUUGAACCUUCCCUCUUUCUGCAUUCUGCGGUUAUGCGCGCGCUACUCCAUCAUCACCGCUGCUUUCAGCCCUGCAAAUUUUCACCCCCCAAUCAUUGUCUGCCCGCCUCCUGUUCAACAGUAUCAUUGGGCUGGCUCUGGUGGUUUCCUGGGGGUAAUGGAAAUUGCUGAGUCGGUCACGCGUCAUCGGCCAACACAUUGCGUGCGGCCUGUUCUGAUUCUAGUUGGGUCGAUCCUGUUGAAUGAGGGGGAAGACUCUCGCAAUUUCGCCAUCAAUAAUAGCAAUAAUUCGGUGUAUCCAAGGGGCUAUGGUAUGCUUGGGCCCGGGGCUGAGUUGAUGCUGCUUCCUUGGUCUUGGAUGUACGAAGUAAUACACAGCCCGUCUACUCUGUAUAGCAAGCCCUCGUGGCUUCACCGUCAGCCGGUCAACCGGUAA